CGUUUCUCCUGUCUGUGUCUUGACGUGGCGCCGGGCCGCCGCCAUGUUGUUUUGCUUCGUUGUCAGCAGAGAGGAGCAGCAGCGGCAGCAGAGCGGAGCUAUUUCCUGAUAGUGUGUCCGAACCCCCCCGUCUCCCAGCGUUGUCAUGGCGACCUUCCCAGAGUACAUCGCUUCGAACGAGGAGCGUGACGGUGUGCGGUUCAGCUGGAACGUGUGGCCUUCGUCCCGACUGGAGGCGACCCGGAUGGUGGUCCCUGUGGCGUCUCUGUUCACGCCGCUGAAGGAGAGACCAGACCUGCCCCCGAUCCAGUACGAACCAGUCCUCUGCAGCCGGGCCACCUGCCGUGCGGUGCUCAACCCGCUAUGUCAGGUGGACUACAGAGCCAAACUGUGGGCGUGUAACUUCUGCUACCAGAGGAACCAGUUUCCUCCGUCCUACGCCGGGAUCUCUGAGGUGAACCAACCAGCAGAGCUGCUGCCUCAGUUCUCCACCAUCGAGUACGUGGUCCAGCGGGGUCCUCAGAUGCCGCUGGUCUUCUUGUACGUGGUGGACACCUGUAUGGAGGACGAGGACCUGCAGGCCCUGAAGGAGUCCCUGCAGAUGUCUCUGUCCCUGCUGCCUCCCACGGCGCUCGUCGGCCUCAUCACCUUCGGACGCAUGGUUCAGGUCCAUGAGCUCGGCUGUGAGGGGAUCUCCAAGAGCUACGUGUUCAGAGGGACCAAAGACCUCAACGCCAAACAGUUGCAGGAGAUGCUCGGUCUGAUGAAACCUUCAGCUGCUCAGGGACGAGGACCUCAAGCUGCCCCCCAGCCCCUGUCCAACAGAUUCCUUCAGCCGGUGCAGAAGAUCGACAUGAACCUGACUGACCUGUUGGGGGAGCUGCAGCGCGACCCCUGGCCCGUCACACAGGGGAAGAGGCCUCUGCGCUCGCUGGGUGUGGCCAUGUCCAUCGCUGUGGGGCUGCUGGAGUGCACAUUUCCAAACACGGGCGCUCGCAUCAUGACGUUCAUCGGCGGCCCGGCCACGCAGGGGCCCGGCAUGGUAGUGGGAGAUGAACUGAAGACCCCCAUCAGGUCCUGGCAUGACCUCGAGAAGGACAACGCCAAGUUCAUGAAGAAAGCCACCAAGCAUUAUGAGUCUCUAGCUAACAGAGCGUCCACUAACGGUCACAUCAUCGACAUCUACGCCUGCGCUCUCGAUCAGACCGGCCUGCUGGAGAUGAAGUGCUGCUCCAACCAUACAGGAGGUUACAUGGUGAUGGCCGACUCCUUCAACACGUCUCUGUUCAAACAAACCUUCCAGAGAGUUUUCACCAAAGACGUGCAGGGCUCCUUUAAGAUGGCCUUCGCGGCCACGCUGGAGGUCAAGACCUCCAGAGAGAUCAAAGUAUCAGGAGCCAUCGGACCCUGUGUGUCUCUGAGCGCUAAAGGACCAUGUGUGUCUGAGAACGAGAUCGGCACAGGAGGAACGAGUCAGUGGAAGAUCUGCGGUCUGGAUCCCAGCACCACGCUGGCUCUUUACUUCGAGGUCGUGAACCAGCACAACGCUCCGAUCCCUCAGGGCGGGCGAGGAGCGAUCCAGUUCGUCACUCAGUACCAACACUCAUCAGGACAGAGACGCAUCAGAGUCACCACCACGGCCAGGAACUGGGCGGAUGCUCAGACUCAGAUUCAGAGCAUUGCAGCGUCCUUUGACCAGGAAGCAGCGGCCAUCUUGAUGGCGAGGUUAGCGGUGUACCGGGCGGAGACGGAGGAAGGUCCUGACGUACUUCGCUGGUUAGACAGACAGCUGAUCAGACUGUGUCAGAAGUUUGGAGAUUAUCACAAAGACGAUCCAAACUCUUUUAGGUUCUCUGAGACCUUCUCACUCUACCCUCAGUUCAUGUUCCACCUGCGGCGCUCUCCGUUCCUGCAGGUGUUCAACAACAGUCCUGAUGAGAGCUCGUAUUACAGACACCAGUUUAACAGACAGGACCUGACUCAGGCUCUCAUCAUGAUCCAACCUGUGCUCUACGCCUACUCCUUCAACGGACCACCUGAGCCCGUCCUGUUGGACAGCAGCAGCAUCCUGCCUGAUAGAAUCCUGCUGAUGGACACGUUCUUCCAGAUCCUCAUCUACCACGGAGAGACGGUGGCUCAGUGGAGGAAGGCAGGUUAUCAGGAAAUGCCAGAGUAUGAAAACUUCAAACACCUCCUUCAGGCUCCCGUAGACGAUGCUCAGGAGCUGCUGCACACUCGCUUUCCCAUGCCGAGAUAUAUCGACACUGAGCACGGAGGCAGCCAGGCUCGUUUCCUGCUCUCCAAAGUGAACCCCUCUCAGACUCAUAACAACAUGUACGCCUGGGGUCAGGAGUCGGGAGCCCCCAUCCUCACUGAUGACGUCAGCCUGCAGGUGUUCAUGGAUCACCUGAAGAAACUGGCCGUCUCCAGCGCUGCCUGAUCUCACCUGGCGCCUCUUCUAUCUGUGUUUUGUUUAUUCUUUUAUCUUUUCAUUUGCUGCCUGUGUUUCCAUGACAAAAAACUAAUUAACAAGCCAACCCAGUCUGCCUUUUCCUGUCACCAGUCCAAUUCCCUUCAGCCAAUCAGCUGCAGGCUCUGAUCCCAGACAACCAAUAGAGACACGUGUAACAUCCUGACCUGUCAGACUCUCUUUUAAACAUGCUGCCUUUAAAACACCUGAAGAAGAAGAGUCCUGUCUGAAACGCGCACAGGAUGUUUUAUUUUGAAGGAGCCGAUCAGUCUGUUCACAUAAUAAGUGUUCAUCAGUAUUUCCUCCCUGCAGCUUCAUCAACGUUUUCUUUAUUCACCUCAAACUUUGAUUGAUUGAUAAAACCUCUUGGGCCCCAUGUCCACCUGGCGUGUUUAUCGAGCAGGAUAAGUGCUGGCUGUGCGCUCUGCGGUGUUUGGAUGAAGCGUUUGCGCUGAGAAUAAAGCACUGCACGUGCGUCCUGUCUCCAUGACAACAGUCUCUUAAAAAAUGGCCGCUGUAUGACCGACUCUGUUCUGUUUCUUUUUAUUGUGUUUUAUAUAUUUCCUUCACUCAAACGGAGGUUUGACCUCCGACUUAGUCUCGACAAGGAGCGAGGACGAUGUGGUUACUGGACACGAAAAUAAGGAGAAUAUCUUUUAUUUUGAAAAGAGCAUCUUCAGCGGCAUUCUGAAAAGUUGUAUGUUUUUCAUCUCGGAGCAGCCCCACAAAAAGGUUGGAGCGCUGGUAAAAAAAGAAAAAACGCUGGGCGCUUCGCUUGGUCUCUUAGCGGCUGAUGCUGCUGCUGUGAACGCUCUCUGCUCGUAAAAAAACAAUUGAAAAAAGAUGCUGGCGCUCAGAAAAAACACCCAGGUGGACACUGGGACAGGGCCUGAGUGAUAUGAAGCAGCAGGACGUUUGGCCUGUGAGCAGAAACUGAACACAUUAAUCAAUCAAUAACUUGGCGUUAUGUUGAUGAAGGCGUGCUUUAGAUCCAGUUAGUUGGUCAAUCGAAUUUCAAAAUAAAAUCCAUCAAGGUAAAAAGUCAGCAGGCGUGAUCCUCCCUGAUAUUUUUAUUCAGUCACUCCAGAAACAUUUCAACAAGGUGUGGAAACAUUCAAAACCCGUCCAUGUUUUUAUGUUAACUCGUGUGAAACCAGUUUAUUUAUUAACGGAUCAAAUCAAAACUUCAAUCUGUGUGAGCGUUUAUCUGCAGCUCGACUCAUCAUUCAAAUAAGAAAUGAUCCAACAUGGUUUGUCUGGGACUCUUUGUGUUGCCGUGGUAACCAACAGGUUGACUAGAAUAGUUUGAAAGUUAAGAUGCUGGUAUCAUGACGACCUGACGUGUGAACGAUACUUAGAGGAAAAAAAUGGACUUCCUGUUUCUUUCAGAGGUUAUAAUAAAGAUAAUAAUGAAACAUUUAAAGACGUGAAGCACUGAGUACAAAGGAGAUCAAACUGCGAGCUGAUCGACUGCAGGCGGGAGGUGAACCAAUAAACACUUCAGAACAGCUUCGUCCAAUCAGAGCAGCUCUGGUUGUGAUGAUGGGUCAGCUGACGUGACAUCAGAACAGCUGUUUGUUGUCCCUCUCCCCCCCCCCUUGAUGAUGACAUCAUGAAGAGAGCCACCCCCUCCUGAUCUGUUAGUUUCUCUUUAAAGCCAUUGAACACUAAACGUCGUGCACACGAACGUUUUCUUUUUGUUUCUAAUAAAAGUGGAGAAAAUAAAAA